AUGGAGCCCCCUUCCAAGAAGAUGCGCACUCUGAUGGAUGACGAUAGCUCCGAUUCUGGAGAUGAUGCUGGUGGGUCUGCCGAGUCGAGCUUCAAGAUCAACGAAGAUUUUGCCAAGCGAUUCGAGUACAAUAAGAAGAGAGAAGAGGUCGCAAGAUUGGAAGCGAAGUAUGGCAAGACCAACAUGGGAAAGGGCCGCGCCGAUGAGCCAGAGGAGGACGAGGAAUCCUCUUCUGAUGAGGAUGAAGAUGAGAAUGGAGAGUUGGCCACGGAAGCCCUCGAUGCAGAGAUUAUGGCUACUCUCAAGGCCAUUCGUUCUAAGGACCCUGCCGUGUACGACAACAACGUUACCUUCUACACCAAGUUCGACGAUGAUGCCAACGUUACUCCCAAAGAAAAGCAAGAGAAAUCUAUGACUCUGCGCGACUACCAUCGCCAGAACCUUUUGGCCGGUAUCGACCCCGCGGAGGAUGCGGAUGAAGAUGCUCCCAAGACCUUUGCACAGGAACAGGCAGACCUGAAAGAUGCAGUUGUCAAGGCGAUGCACGGUGCCGAUUCUGACGAGGAGAUGGACGACGCGGAAGACAACUUUUUAGUUCGCAAAUCUGGACCGGUUGACUCUGCGCCUAAGGCGGAAGUCAAGCUGGACAUUGAGAAUGCAGACAAGGACCCCGAAACCUUCCUUUCCAACUUCUUGACCUCGCGAGCAUGGAUUCCCGAAGGCCGUGCCAAUGAACUCCAACCCUUUGACUCAGAUGAUGAUGAUGAGGUGGAUCGGGCAGAUGCUUUCGAGGAGGCCUACAACUUCCGCUUUGAGGAUCCUAGCAAGCUCAACGAGAAGAUUAUGACCCAUGCCCGUGACAUGACCAACGACCAGUCUGUUCGCAGAGAAGAGAAGAGCGCGCGUAAGAAGAUCCGCGAUGCCGAGCGUCAGCGCAAGGAGGAGGAGAAAAAGCAGCGCGAGACCGAGAAGAACCGUUUGCGCAAGCUCAAGGCAGAAGAGCUUCAGAACAAGGUCAACCAGAUCAAGGAAGUUGCUGGCUUGCGGGCUGCUGAGUUCACUGAUGAGGAUUGGGCCCGCUUCCUCGACGACGCCUGGGAUGACAAGGAGUGGUCCAACGAGAUGGCCAAGCGAUUUGGCGAAGACUACUACGAAGACCAGGAUAUUUCGGGCAAGAAACACCCUCAAAAGCCUGAGUGGGACGACGAUAUUGAUAUCAAGGACUUGAUUCCCGACUACGAGGAUGAAGAACCCACCAAGCCUCUAUUGAGCUCUGAUGACGAGGAUGAGGAAGAUGACGAAGCUUCUGGUUCCAAGAAGAAGAGCAAGGCCCAGGAGAAGCGUGAACAGAAGCGCGAGGUUCGCAAGGACAAAAUGCGCAUUGAUGAAGCCGUCGAGCGGAACCUUGACCUCGAUAUCACUCUUCUUCCUGGUGCCACCAAGAAGAACGCGACCCGUUUCCGCUAUCGUGAGACUUCUCCUCAGAGCUUCGGUUUGACAGCCCGCGAUAUCCUCAUGGCAGACGACCAGCAGCUCAACCAAUUUGCUGGUCUGAAGAAGCUUGCUUCCUUCCGUGAAGCCGAGAAGAAGGAGAAGGAUCAGAGGAAGCUGGGCAAGAAGGCCCGACUCCGCCAGUGGCGCAAGGAUACCUUUGGUAAUGAGGAAGGUCCCGAGUUCAAGUUCGGUGGAGAUGCGCCUGUCGAGAAGGAGGCUGAGAACGAAACCAAGCUGGAUAUCCGCGAAGGUGAUGGACAGAGGAAGAAGAGAAAGCGGUCGAAGAAGAACUAA